AUCAAUGAAGCCACUGUCGCAACAUCACUGUGUGCAGCUCUGUCUUCUGUGCGCUCCAGGCGCGCAAGAGGAAGCAGCGCUUUUCCUCCCGUGACUGCGCUCAGGCUGCUGCUGGACCAGCAAGAACAGCUUUGAACCGGUUUUCUCACCGCUACAAAGCUGUAUGAAACGGAUGCUCAAUGCGCAUUGUUGAUGCAGACUGCUCUGGCAACACACGGACGUCGCGGAAUACUGCUGAGCUAGAGCAGCGUAAACAUACGAGUUAUUCUUGUCAAUGUCAUUUGUAGCGAUUUGGUUAAAAGGAUAUUAAACUGGAAUACAUCCUACAUGGAAAGUUCCUGUAGAGCGCGCAGCUGUGCAGAGUCCUGCUGCUGUUUCUGUAGAUGCUGAGGAACCCCUCCUCUGUCCAAGCUGUAGCAGAUCCCAGAAGGCAGCAGUAACAUCAGCACCAUGGCUCAGUCUACUAAAGUCCUGGAUGGAGGUUGGGGAUGGGCGAUUGUGGUAGCCUCCUUCAUGGCCCAGCUUCUGGCCUAUGGAUCACCCCAGUCUGUGGGUGUCCUGUAUCCGGAGUGGCUACAAGCCUUCCAGGAGGGGAAAGGCAUGACAGCCUGGGUUGGCUCGCUUGUGGCUGGAGUGGGACUAAUAGCCAGUCCUGUCUGUAGUGCUUGUGUGGACAACUUUGGGGCCCGUCCUGUGACCAUCUUCAGCGGUGUGAUGGUGGCGGGCGGCCUGAUGCUCAGUGCCUUUGCUCCAAAUGUCCAGUUUCUCAUAUUUUCCUAUGGGAUCGUGGUUGGUCUGGGAUGUGGUCUCGUCUACGCAGCCACGUUGACGAUCACCUGUCAAUAUUUUGACAAGAGACGCGGCCUUGCCCUCGGCAUAGUCACCACAGGCACAAGUGUGGGAGCCUUCAUCUACGCCACUGCUCAGAACGAGCUGAUCGUGUUGUACGGCCUGGACGGCUGCCUGCUAAUCAUCGGGGCUGUAGCACUAAACCUCAUGGCCUGCGCUGGCUUCAUGAGGCCCCUGAAUAUGCCAGGGUACUACCUCAAACAGAAGGCCGCCCUGGAGCGCAACACGGAAGAGCAGCUCUUCGAGAAACCCCCUUUGGAUGACCUGAAAAUUUCAGCAGGUUCCAACACAACAACUCCAGAAAAAACACUAAUGGUGAAGGAGUUGCUAAUCACCAUUGAUGCAAAGGACAUUCAGACAGAGAAGAAGAAAGGCAGCUUCAUGGCAGGGUUGGCCAUCAUGAAAGUCAUUAAGAAAAAACAGCAGGCUUACUCCAAGUACAUGCGCUCCAUGCAUGAGAUCCUGCAGGACCAAGCCAUGGUGGCCUUCUGCAUUGCUGUCUUCCUGUUCAGCCUUGGGGCAUUUCCCCCUGUGCUCUUUAUAGAGGAUGUGGCUCAGAGUCAGGGACUCAUUGAAGAAGUUAGUGUCAUUCCUCUGGUAUCAAUAGGGGCCAUCGCAUCUUGCGUGGGUAAACUAGUAUUGGGUAUGCUGGUUGACAUCAGAUGGAUCAACGGCAUCUAUCUGUAUGCCUUCACCAUGUUUGCAGGAGGUGCAUCUCUUCUCCUCAUCCCAAUCACUAAGACUUAUACGGGACUGCAGAUCCUGUCAGCCAGCCUUGGUUUCUUCUCUGGGAACUGGUCUCUCACCUCUUACAUCACCACACAGAUUGUUGGCUUGGACAGACUGACACAAGCCCACGGCAUCCUCAUGUUCUUUGGGGGAUUUGGGAUCAUGCUUGGACCCCCUAUUGUAGGGUGGUUCUUUGACUUCACACAGUCAUAUGACUUGGCAUUCUACUUCAGUGGGACCUGUGUGUUCCUUGGCGCCUGCAUUCUCACUCUGCUCACUCUACCCUGCUGGAACAGGAAGCACUCCGAUAACGACAGACCAGACGUCCAAUACACCAGCAACUGUGACAAAGUUGCCUCUGUAGCUUGAAUAAGUUCCUUGCAUGAGGACUUGAAUCUCACUCUCACUGCCCAGCAGCUGUCUGCUGAGAAACUGUACCCAAGCCACCUCUGAGAGGAAUCCUGUUUCUUUGACUAUAAGGGGUCUCCCCUUUGUUCUGCUGCCAGGUUCUAACUUACCAAAACACUAACCAGAGGUUUCAAAAUACAGGCCUUUCCUCUGUAAUUUGUCUGUUCUCAGGUCCAAGCCAUCCACUACAGAUCUUUUGAAAGGUUUGAUCCGAUGCCUGUGUUGUUCGUUAUUAUUGCCUCAUUUUACGAGGUCAACUGAUCAAUACUGUUUGACUCCCCAGUUUUACAUCCUGCUUUUAGAAGUACUUUUUUCACUUCACUGUAGCACUAAAGAAAUACAUAGUGCCGUUAGUAAUACUGGGAAGAGAAACCUGCUUGAUCGCUGGGUGUUCAUUUAACACUUAGACAUUACUUCAAAUCAUUGUAUAAUUGCACAAAACAUCUCCCAGACACCUAACUAGAACCGAGACUACAGGGAUAGAACGAAAGAGGGAGCCUUUUUUGAUAAAUGUAAUUUUUGCAAGACAUUUUUAUUUUCAAUUUUGGUUUUCAAAUGUAUCGUAAUUAAAACACUAUGUAUCCUACCAAAGCAUCAAUGAUAGACAAUGCCUGUCAACACAUACGCCUGUUGGAACAAUACAAAAGCCUUGCUUUAUAGAUAAUUUUUGUUUUCAAGUGCAUUGACUCAGUUUGUACUUUUUUAAACAAUGGUUUGAGUUCCACAUACCUCCUUUUUCUGGAUUGCACAAAAACUUUUUGAAUACAUUAAGCUGAUUCAAAAAUAUUAAGAAAAACUAAAGAGGUCCUUAUGUAUUUCCAACCUUAACAGCAUGUUGAGUCUCUCUGUGGCAUGAUAAUCAUGACCUCCGCGUAUGUUCAUUUUGACCAGGCUUUUCCUUUUCUAUCAUGUGUGUGUGUAUUUGUGUGUAUGUUGUGUGUGUAGGCAUCUGCACACGCAUGUUUGCAUAUGUGCACAGGUUUGUGCGUGUGGGUUCUUUGAUAAACUUUUAUAUUAGCACUAGUUUGUUAUGUCUUUCGUGCUAGUGACUUUUUAUAUGCACAAAAAUGGCCAUAGAGCUGUAAUAAAUUGUCUUUGUUUAAGUUGAUUAUUGUGAUCAUAAUUGUAAUAAAACAUUGCAAUAGGCUCUUAGAAUCACUUGAAUGUUGUUAUAUAGACCACUACAAAUGUAUUUUUGAUAGUUCCAGUUUCAGGUGUCAGGGGAGCAUUGCUGGAACAUUGCUUAUUGUGUUUGUAGAGGCAAUUUAAAAGGUGCAGAUAAAGUACAAAUAGUACUGACCUAGAGGUGGCACUGUGUUUGGCUGUCACCUUUUAGACACUGUUAUUUUUUAAUGCCAGUAUUAUGAUAUUUAAAUGUGAUGUCCGUUCUCUUAUUUUUAUUUAAAAAGUGCCAAUAAAAGAUAUUUGGAAGGA